AUGUUAACCCCAAGCAAGAAGUUUUGCUGCAGUGCGUUUCAGACGCCAUCGCCAGUCCGUCAACAGCUACCACUGAAGAAUGGACCUUUCUUGUCCGUCAACAAGGAAAACUGCAGUGCGGUGCCCCCACAAGCACAUUCCUUGUAUAAACUGAUUCCUGAUGAGAAUGCUGAUAAGGAAUUUGUGUGGAUCAAAAAGGAACAGCGAGAUAGAAAACGAAGACAUGGUUAUGACAGUGGUCGAAAGAAAACGAAUUUAUUGGAAGACCAUAAGACAGAGCUUGAAAAUAUAAAGAAAAGGCGUUUAGAACGUGAGCGACUUCGUGAAGAGCGAAUGAGAGAAAAUAAAGAGACACGAAAAGUUCAGCUGGCUGGAGAAUUUGAAAACUGGGAGAAAGAAGAAAACGCCUUUAUGUUACGUCAAGCGCGAGAACGAACCAAGAUACGUCUGAAUCAAGGAAGACCACAGCCAAUAGAUUUGCUCGUCCAUUUUAAAGAGACGGGUCACGCCGACCAUCCAAGCAAUUAUCCUUUAAACGUCAUAGCGCGGCUCGGUGUCAGUGACCUUGGCGAUGUAGCUGUGGACAUUAAAGUGUGUCAAGAAAUCGAGGGUGAUGACUGUGUCUACUGGGAAGACGUGAUGAACGUUGUAGGGCAUUAUCUGGAAGAGAACAACGUGGAUGACGACGCGUUGAGGAGAAGUGGGAUAAACCUGGCCGUGUCACCAGAUGUCGAGGUCGUAUUUAGAGGGAAAACUAUCAAUCAGCUUGCCAUUCUUAGGAACCAAAUUGAAGAGAAGAUAGACUCCAGAAAGGACGUCGAUGUAAGUUACUGGGAAUGUUUGCUCCACAAAUUAAGAUUUUAUCUAUCGUACGCAAGACUUCAAGAACUCCAAAAACCUUUAGUAAAACAAAAUAUUGAUACAAUUAUUUCAGAGCUGUCGUGCGCUAAUGGCGAUACCAAAGAAACUGUUAUGGAGUCACGUGAUAAAGACACGAAGGGAGUGCCGGGUGUGUCAAGUCAUCAUGGUAAUAAGUCACCCACUGCAGUUGUCGGUCAAGAGAAAGGACAUUCAAAAUCAAUAACUCGUCAUUACGUACGGCGGAGUAUUGACCUUUUUGAAGAAGAUUACUCUCCAAAAUAUUUAAAGGAAUCUGAAAUCGACCGGGACAUAAUUGUUACUGAUCCGGCAGACGAUCGGGAAAAACUUCGAAAAGCCCGUCAGCGGGUGCUUGAAAUGUACAACCAUCCACUGCACGUGGAGCACGUGGAAAACGUGGAGCAGGAGGAUGAAAUCAGUUUCGAGAAUGAAUAUACACUUCGGAAACAAAUGUAUACUUGGGGAUCUAAAUACAUACCGAGGAAGCCAAGAUACUUAAACCGUGUUAAGACAGGGUUUGUUUGGAACAAGUACAACCGUACCCAUUACGACAUCGACAAUCCCCCGCCAAAAACUGUCAUGGGAUACACAUUUACCAUCUUUUACCCGGAUAUGAUUGACAGGUCGGCAACGCCCACAUAUAGCAGUAUCCCAUGUGAAGAGAGCAAAGACUUGGUUAUAAUCCGCUUCAGUGCCGGACCGCCAUACGAAGACGUCGCAUUUAAGAUUGUCAACAGGGAAUGGGACAAAUCUUGGAAAAGUGGCUACAAGUGCUCUUUUAACGGGCACACUCUGGACUUAUGGUUUCGUUUUAAACGGAUGUGUUACCGACGAUGA